AUGGCUAAAGCAGAAGCUGCGAAGGCAGCAAAGCUGUUCAUUGACUAUGUGAACGAAACCGGCUCACCGUAUCACUGUGUGUCGGCCUGCUCAGCCCUCCUGCGCGCUGCCGGCUUCAAGGAGCUUCCGGAUGGCGGACGCUGGUCUCUGGCCAAGGGCGGCAAGUACUACGUCACCAAGGGUGGCGCUGACGUCAUGGCCUUCGUGGUGGGUGGGAAGUUCUCCCCAGAGGAGUCCGGCUUCUCGAUGAUUGGCGCCCACACGGAUUCGCCAUGCCUCCGACUGCGUCCGAACUCGAAGAUGUCCUCGGCAGGGAUGCUGCAGGUUGGCAUCCAGACCUACGGAGGAGGGCUCUGGCAUACCUGGUUCGACCGACCGCUGGGCUUCGCCGGAAAGGUUGUGACUCGCAGCGCUGCGGGUCAGCUGUCAGAGCAACUGGUGCGAGUGCAAGAGCCGGUCAUGCUCAUUCCGAACCUGGCCAUCCACCUCCAAAGCGCUGACGAGCGAAAGGCGCAACACAUGGUUACAGUCAUGAAAGCCGACAUCAAGCUGGCUGGCCGGCCCGCUUAUGAACGAGCCCGUCUCUGCGACACGAUCGAAGCAGAGCCAGCCUGGGCCAGGGACACCUUUGUGACGCAGGCCAGGGUAAAGUACGCUAUCCAUGUUUGCCGUCCGCCCGAAGAAGCCGAAACCAUCCGGUCUCAAGGCAAGCCGCUUCACGUGCGAAAAGCUGCUUCCCUGGCCUACCGGGCUUUGCCGCAGCGGAGCUCCGCGUACAUUGCUACACAGCCUGCGCUGCAGACACCAUCAGUACCAUGCCUGAAGACGAAGUCCAGGUUCAAAUUCGGCGCGAGGUACCUCGCCCACCUGCAGGCAGAAGACAGCACGAUGCCAGGAAGACAGCGUCUCAGCCUCAAGCAGGCGGGUACGCUCUUCUUCCACCACGCCACCGGAGUGGCGGAACGACACAGCAUCUUGAAAAGCUGGGUUAUGGGCAGACGCGACAAAAACAAGGACAAAGGCCAAUGGGACGACUACCAGCGUGGAUCCGCUUUCUCGCUUUGGCGGGGAGCUUAUGCCUCGCCUUCAGCGAAAUCGAAGGCUGCCUGGAAGCAACAUGGAUGGAAGUCGUGGGAAGAGACUACCCCCACAUUCCCAUCCUUCGACUCGGGGUCUUACCCCAGCCAUGCCCAGGACGCCGCGACCAAGCCCGACUCCAAUGCUGGGGACUAUCUCAGUGUGUUUCAGUCAGCCCUCAACACUGCCCGACGGGCAGAGCAGAAGGUGGCGAGAAUGGAAGCCGCGAAGCAAAGACUCGACCAACAAUGGCAGGCCUACGAAAAGUCUGCCUUGGAGUCCUUUGCGAAAGAGAAAGCUCGCUACAGACAGAAGUUGUUGAAGCUUGCAAGCGACAUGAGCGAGGCCGAGGACCAGCAGGAACUCGCACGGCAGGGCCUGAGGGCCAUCCACAUGGACGAGAAUGCCCACGAGACCAGACCAGCAAACCGGGAAGCACAUGGGGUGGUCGAUGCCGAGACAACAGCCCUUUUUGCAAAACUGGACGAUGCCCCGGAACCGGACUGGUCUGGAGUUUUGGAGAGGGCUAUGCGAAGCUCGGGGCCUCGGACCCCCGUGAGGGCACCUCAGCACCCACGCACUCCGGAGCUUCGUCAGCCCCGUCCUGCCACCACGGCACCGACGGCACCGAUGACAGCUCAUUUUGGGAGUCUGUCCACUGGACAGACACCUGCACGGGCGGACCCUUACCAGGCAGCGCCCAUGCCUUCUCCGCCGAUGACCCAUACUACCGGUGCAGGACACCCGCCAGGCUUGAGCCCCCAGAUUCCGCGACAUCCUGGCCAACGUUCCAAAGAAGAUCCCAGAGUUCCGACCUCCACGGCUCCGCCACGGCAAGGCAUCAAGGAUGCCACCAUGCAGGCCAAAGGUUCAGAAGCGAAGCACUCACAGUUGGCGGACAGGCUACAGGAGAAGCGCCAGAAGGCCGCCGCCGAGAUGGCAGGCCCCAAGGCACUACGACCCUUUGGGACAGCCCAGCCUCCAGCAGCUGCAACUGCCAUACAUCCGUCACUGGCUGGCUUCCUCGACGACGACGAGGACGAGAGCGACGAACUUGCACACGAGUUGACCCCAGAGGAAAUCGCAAGGCUCACACAAGGCAUGCAACAGACGACAGAGCCGAAGGAGUAG